ACAGGCGUAAGAAACAUGCCAUGACAAAGAUGCGGCCUACCUCUUGUCUUCACUCGGAAAGUUGACGUCCAUGCCGUCGUCGGUUCAAAUUUGUGGACGCGUUAUCCCUUGUACAGCCUUCCUCCCCUACCUCCUCCUCCUCCUCCUCUUUCCUACCCAUUGCUUCUCCUUUGUCAUUUCUUUGCGUCCAUGCCCAUCUUCUUGUACAAAGACCUGUUUGCAUGCGGGUCUUACCUGGCGGGCGGACGAAAUUUAUCAUUCCCAACCCGACUUCCCCGUCCUUUUCUUGGCCACGCGCAACGAGUCCUACGCCCGCGACAUAGAAGGAUAUUUCAGCAGCCAAGGCUAUUUCGUCCGCUCCUGCCGGACCCUCACACGCCUGGCAAAGAUGGUUCAAAGCACACGACCGGAAGGAAUCCUCAUCAGCGACCAUCUCUCCACGUCCCACAUCCAAGGCUUCCUGACCAGCUUGAAGCGACUGCCAGAUUUGUGGCUGAUCCCCGUGCUCAUUAUUUGCGAUUCUACCCCUACCCCGUCCCCAGCGCCUUCUAAACCCAUCCAGGAGGGCACUGUGAGGUCCGAGGAAGGGGGCGAAUUGGAGGACUCGAACGAUAGGUCUCGGCGUCUGGCCAUGCUGGAGCUAGGCGCCCGUGCUGUCUUUCCCCCCGACCGGGCUACCUACCCAAGCAUUCAAGCCACCUUCACUGGCGCCGCCCAUACCCGGCAACGCGUGGAAGACCUGGUCAAUACCCUGCAAGGUGCCGUCCUCCACUACGCGCAACACCAGCGCCGCCUCCUCCCGUCCACCGUGACCUUGGAAGGACCGCCGCCGUCCUUUUCCCCUACGGAACAGGCGGUCUUGAAUUUGCUCUGUCGGGGUAUGACGGAUGCGCAGAUUGCCUAUUCCCUUGGGUGCAGCUCAGCGGCGGUGGGCAACGCAGUCCGGUCCUUGUUGGAGAAGCUGGAGAUGGACCUGCGGGGGGAGCUCAUCCGGGUCGCCUUGGACAAUGACCUGGUGACAGAGUAG